AUGACGAGUGCGUCUACGUCAUCUAGUAGUGCCGGAGUGAAAAGGAAAGCUUUGUCUAUUGACGAUAAAUUGAGAAUUAUUAAACUGUAUGAUGAAAAAAUUGGUGUAUUCAAUAAACAACAAAUUGCCGACCAAUUAGGAUUGCCCUCCUCUUCGUUGCGGACCAUAUUGAAGAACCGGAAAGAAAUUGAAAAAAACGCUUUUUCUAUAACGCUAUCCCGCAUAUUGCGCGGUUUUACGAUUUCCCCUUCGAGAGCGUCUUAA